AUGGAGACGGAAAGUUGUUUGUCUUUCUGUUCCCAGCCAAACAGGACAACUCCAGGUAACUCCCCCAGUCUGGAGCACAGCUCCGGCUCUUUCCAUCCCAACGAAGAGCUGCAGCAGUCCCCGCACCACUCUCAUCCGCACCGCCUAGGUCUGCGGGCCGAUUUCUACCGCCCCGCCAGCGGGGGGAGCUUCGCAGACGGUCCGGGGGACUUUACGCACAGCGUCGCCACACCGAACCCCAGCUCCUCGCCUCUGAAACUCCACAGCAAAUAUUUGGAAAAUAUUAACCAAGGCCAAAAGAGUUUAUCAACAAGCGUGAAAGCGUUUUAUGAGAACAGCCCAGAGGUGGGGGAGAAGGCCAUGUCCAAGCCACUGGGCUUCCCAUCCCUGGGCUCGGAGUGUUGUGCCAAGCUCAAGGACUCGCACCCCGGGCUGCCGGGCGACUCCAUCGCCGACUCCAUCGACCUGUCGGGAAAGAACAAGAAGCGCCGCAACCGCACCACCUUCAGCACCUUCCAGCUGGAGGAGCUGGAGAAGGUGUUCCAGAAGACGCACUACCCCGACGUCUACGCCCGCGAGCAGCUGGCCCUGCGCACCGAGCUGACGGAGGCCCGCGUGCAGGUGUGGUUCCAAAACCGGCGUGCAAAGUGGCGGAAACGAGAGCGUUACGGGAAGAUACAGGAGGUGCGCAACCACAUCGCUGCCACAUAUGAGCUCUCCAUCCUGCCGCGCCCCGACACGUACCCUCAGAUGCAGAGCGGCCUAUGGCCUGGCACCAGCUCAGGGGGCAGUGGGGGGCCAGGUGGGGGCGGAGUCCUGGGUGCUGAUGGUGUGACUGCCCCCUGCAUGGGCCCCUACUCCCAUUCCCAUGGAAACCUGCCGGGCUUUGUGGGUAUGCCGACAUCCCCCAGCCACCCUCACCCCCACCCUCAUCCCCACCCGGGUAUCAACGGCCUGUACUCCCUGCAUAGCUUUCCUGCAGGCCUGGCUGCCCACACCUUCGAACCUGCAGCCGAAUCUGACUACAAGUCUUCAGGUCUGGUAGCCCUCCGCAUGAAAGCAAAGGAGCCCGGCAGCCUCCUCUCCUGGCCGACAUGA